AUGGCGCAGUGGUCAGAUGCGCCGUCUGGAGGGGCCCGCUUCCGCGGGUUUGCGAGCGCCUCAUCCUCAGGGCCUAGGCACCCCUGGGCGCUCCCCGUCAACGUGGGCCCGUGGGUUCGAUUCCCACCGCCGGCACCAAAAAUUCUGACCAAAUGUUUCACGGGCGCCCCCCCGCCCSYGAUUGAAUUGAGGGCUCAACCCUAG